CCCAUUACCAUGGCUUCUAAGUUUUCUUCUCUAAGCACCAUUUCCCUUUUUCUCAUGCUUUUCUUCUCCCUUUCCCUUGCAGACUCUAUACCAAUCUUCAAUACUCCAGAAACUCUUUGUAACUCCACUCCUCAUCCAUCCUUUUGCAAAUCCUCUUUGCCAUAUAACAAGCGUGGAACCAUCCACGACUAUGCCAAGAUUUCUAUUUCCAAUUCCUUGACGAAUGCAAGAAGCUUUCUUUCACUCGUCCUACAUUACUUGAACCUACCCUCUACAUCCUAUGAAUCCACCGUUCUCGCCCUUGAAGAUUGCCUGUUUUUAGCUCAGCUAAACAUAGACUUCUUGUCAUAUGCAUUCGAAACUACAAAUAUUUCUAAUGAUAACAAUCUUCCAGGCUCGAUUACCUUUGAUCUACUAACGUUGUUUAGUGCCACUUUGACCAACCUAGAAACUUGCCUGGAAGGCCUUCAAUCCUCAGCAUCAGCUUCAAAUAUCUUGAAUAGCCUAUCUGCACCUCUUUCUAAUGGAACCCAGUAUUGUAGUGUCUCCCUCGCUCUUUUUCUACAUGCUUGGGCUCCUAACACAAAGGAAGGUAGAUUGCUAACAGAAAGAAACGACACAUUCCCCAAUAUGGAGGUUGGUGCAAGAAAAAGCUUGCCUUUACAGACGCACAAGUCUAUAAUUGGAAGAAAACUCCUUCAAGCAUUUACAGAUGGUGUUUCAGUGAGAAAAAUGGCGGUCGUGAAUCCAUAUGGAACUGGGGAUUUUGCUACUAUUACCGACGCUGUGAAUGCUGCACCUAAUAACACAGCUAGCAGCGACGGAUAUUUUGUGAUUUACGUGGUUGCAGGGGUUUAUAACGAGUAUGUUUCCAUUCCAAAGUACAAGAAAUACUUGAUGAUGAUCGGUGAUGGUAUUAACCAGACCAUCAUCGCUGGAAACCGGAGUGUCGUUGAUGGGUGGACUACAUUUAACUCUGCCACGUUUGCUGCAGUUGGGCAAGGUUUUGUUGCAGUGAACAUAACAUUUCAGAACACAGCAGGAGCAAUUAAGCAGCAAGCGGUGGCAGUUAGAAAUGGAGCUGAUUUAUCUGCAUUCUAUAACUGCAGCUUUGAAGGGUACCAAGACACCUUAUAUACUCAUUCUCUCAGGCAAUUCUACAGGAACUGUGAAAUAUAUGGCACCAUAGAUUACAUAUUCGGUAACGCCGUUGUUGUUUUCCAGAACUGCAAGAUUUAUACAAGACUACCCUUGAAUGGCCAGUUCAACACCGUAACUGCACAUGGCAGAACUGACCCUAACCAAAACACGGGCACUUCAAUACAAAAUUGUAGUAUAUUGGCAGCUGAGGACUUGGCCUCAAGCAAUGGCACUACAAAGUCUUACUUAGGGAGGCCAUGGAAGGAGUAUUCAAGAACAGUUGUGAUGCAAUCUUUCAUAGAUAGUCUAAUUGAUCCUUCUGGUUGGGCUCCAUGGUCAGGAGAUUUUGCACUUGCUACACUUUAUUAUGCAGAAUUUGAUAACACUGGUCCAGGAUCAGAUCCUACUAAUAGGGUUACAUGGCCUGGUUAUCAUUUGAUUAAUGCUACCGAUGCGGCGAACUUCACUGUAUCCAACUUCACACUGGGAGAUUUCUGGUUGCCGGCGACCGGUGUGCCUUAUUUUGGUGGUUUGCUGUGAAUUACUUGACUUCCAAAAUGAUUGACAAUUUUACUGGUUCUUAUGUUAUGUUAUGUUUUGUUUUUUAAAUAUUGAUCAAUUGCUUAUCCGUUGUCAUGAGAGAAACAUGAGAAAUGAGUCUUACU